UGGACGACGAGAGGACAGACCAUCGACGAAGAUGUGCGGCAUCGUAGCAAUCUAUGCGUCCAUGCUCAACAACGACGAGCUCCGGAAAGCUAUUCUAGACGCAGGGAAAAAGAUCCGACAUCGCGGUCCUGACUGGAACGGUGUGCGAAUCCUUCCCAAAGGUAUCGCAAUUGAACACGAACGUUUGGCGAUCAUCGACCCUGAAUCGGGCGCGCAACCCCUCAUCAGCAACGACGGCACCAUUACGUUGGCCGUGAACGGCGAGGUUUACAACUACAGGGAACUCAGCGCGACGCUUCAGACCCCAUAUGUGUUCAAGACCAAGUCCGAUUGCGAAGUCAUUAUCCCCCUCUACAAGCAGCAUGGCAGGGCGUUUUUACGCCAUCUUCGUGGCAUGUUCUCGUUCGUCUUGUACGAUUCCGCCAAGGACGUGCUGAUUGCUGCCCGCGAUCACAUGGGGAUCACACCGCUGUACUAUGGGUACGGUGCUGACGGCAGUGUCUGGUUUGCAUCCGAGAUGAAAGCAUUGGCGCAUGGCUGCGUUCGAUUCGAUUUGUUUCCUCCUGGACAUGUCUUCACCAGCACGACCGGCGAAUUUACGCGAUGGUACAACCCUGGCUGGAUGGAAUCUGGUCACAUCGGCAAGACACCCCUCAACUUGGCGACGUUGCGCGAUGCCUUUGAGACUGCCGUGACAAAGCGCAUGAUGUCAGAUGUGCCGUGGGGUGUACUCUUGUCGGGCGGAUUGGACUCGUCGCUCGUGGCGUCGAUUGCUUGCCGCCACCAAAAGAAGCUUUUUGAAGCUGGAGCGGAUACUGAGUGGAGCCCUCGGCUGCAUUCAUUCACGAUUGGUCUGGAAAACUCGCCCGAUUUGGCAGCGGCCAAGGAAGUCGCCAAGUAUCUCGGCACGAUCCAUCACUCGUACACAUACACGAUUCAAGAAGGCAUCGAUGCAGUCUCGGAUGUGAUUUACCACCUCGAAACGUACGACGUCACGACGAUUCGUGCGUCGACUCCGAUGUUCCUCAUGAGCCGCAAGAUCAAAGCGAUGGGCAUCAAGAUGGUGCUGUCCGGCGAAGGCGCCGACGAAGUAUUCGGGGGGUACUUGUACUUUCACAAGGCGCCGAACGCCCAAGCUUUCCACGACGAAACAGUGAACAAGUUGAAGGGUCUCCACCAGUACGAUUGUCUGCGAGCGAACAAGUCGACGAGUGCAUGGGGCGUGGAAGCGCGCGUGCCGUUUUUAGACGCCGACUUCCUCGAAGUCGCCAUGAACUUGGACUCAACCGAGAAAAUGUGCGAUCGCCAAAGUGGCCGCAUGGAAAAGUACAUUAUUCGCAAAGCGUUCGACACGCCGGAGAACCCGUACUUGCCAAACAACAUUUUGUGGCGCCAGAAGGAGCAGUUUUCGGAUGGCGUCGGGUACGGCUGGAUCGAUGCGCUCAAGGACUGGGCUGAGCGCGAUAUCUCGGACCGACAAAUGAAGCACGCGGAGCUGCUCUUCCCGUACAACACGCCUCAGACCAAGGAAGCGUACUUGUAUCGCAGGUGUGAUGGUCGACAACGAUGCUCCAACGACAUCGACGCUGGUUUUUUGUAUUGGUAGCAUCUUUUCCAAGCACUUUGAAAAGGAAGUCGCUGCGCAAACCGUGCCUGGCGGUCCAAGCAUUGCGUGCAGCACGGCGGCGGCAAUUGAAUGGGACGCGUCGUUCAAGAACGCAGCCGAUCCAUCGGGACGAGCCAUCGCCGGCGUCCACGUCGACGCUUACAAAGCCCCGACGCACUAGGCGACUGUCUAUCAUUCCGCUCGUUGCGAGCCUCUUCAUAAACACCCCUUCGAUUCCA